CAACAACAACAGCAAACACAUCUCCUCGCUCGCAUUUCUCCCCAACCCAAUCAAUCCCCCUCGCCCCCGAACCCCAGCUCGCACCGCAUCGAUGGCGCCCAAGGCCGAGAAGAAACCCGCGGCGAAGAAGCUGGCGGAGGAGGAGCCCGCGGCCGAGAAGGCGCCGGCCGGGAAGAAGCCCAAAGCGGAGAAGCGUCUGCCCGCUGGCAAGUCCGCCGGCAAGGAGGGCGGCGGCGAGGGCAAGCGGGGCCGGAAGAAGGGCAAGAAGAGCGUGGAGACGUACAAGAUCUACAUCUUCAAGGUGCUGAAGCAGGUGCACCCGGACAUCGGCAUCUCCUCCAAGGCCAUGUCCAUCAUGAACUCCUUCAUCAACGACAUCUUCGAGAAGCUCGCCGCCGAGGCCGCCAAGCUCGCGCGGUACAACAAGAAGCCCACCAUCACCUCCCGCGAGAUCCAGACCUCCGUCCGCCUCGUCCUCCCCGGGGAGCUCGCGAAGCACGCCGUCUCUGAGGGCACCAAGGCCGUCACCAAGUUCACCUCGUCCUAGGCUGCGCGGCCGCCGCCGCCGCUUGCAGGCUUCUCUCGUUUGUUCAUCAUCGGCCUUGCUGUAGUUAGAUUAGAUGUUGGUGGUUUCUAAAUGUGUCUGUUCUCCUUCUGUAGUAACUGCGUUAUCUGAUGUAAUCGUAAUGGUGCUAGUUUAACCCAGCUACCUGUUUAUUUGUGGAUCAUCUGGUUUGAAUGUGAAUGUCAUCACUUCGAAUGUUUAUUUCGUGAUGUUUGUGAUCA